AUGCUGGCGCUGGGGCAGAUGGACGGCGCGCCCCGGCAGGGCGCCUUCCUGCUAGGCAGCCCGCCGCUGGCCGCCCUGCACAGCAUGGCCGAGAUGAAGGCGCCGCUGUACCCCGCGUACCCCCUGCCCGCCGGGCCCGCCUCCUCCUCCUCUGCCUCCGCCUCGCCCGCCUCUGCCUCGCCCUCGCCGCCGCUCGGCUCCCCCGGCCUCAAGGCGCCGGCCGCCUCCGCCGCCGCGGGCGGACUCUCGGCGCUGGGCUCGGCCCCGCCGCAGCUCUCGGCCGCCACUCCGCACGGCAUCAACGACAUCCUCAGCAGGCCCUCCAUGCCCCUGCCGGCCUCCGCGCUCGCCUCCGCCUCACCCUCCGCCUCCUCGGCGGCCCCCGCCGGGCUUCUGGCCGGGCUGCCCCGCUUCGGCAGCCUCAGUCCCCCGCCGCCUCCGCCGCCCGCCCUCUACUUCAGCCCCGGGGCCGCUGCCGCAGCCGCCGCCGUGGCCGCCGGGCGCUACCCCAAACCGCUGGCCGAGCUGCCCGGCCGGACGCCCAUCUUCUGGCCGGGGGUGAUGCAGAGCCCGCCCUGGAGGGACGCCCGCCUCGCCUGCGCUCCCCAUCAAGGCUCAAUUUUGCUGGAUAAGGACGGGAAGAGAAAACAUACCAGACCCACUUUUUCUGGCCAGCAGAUUUUCGCCCUGGAAAAGACUUUUGAGCAGACGAAAUACCUGGCUGGCCCGGAGCGAGCCCGGUUGGCCUAUUCACUGGGGAUGACGGAGAGUCAAGUCAAGGUCUGGUUCCAGAACCGGCGGACCAAGUGGCGGAAGAAGCACGCGGCGGAGAUGGCGACAGCGAAGAAGAAGCAGGACUCGGAGACGGAGAGGCUGAAAGGAGCCUCGGAGAACGAGGAAGAGGACGACGACUACAACAAGCCCCUGGACCCCAACUCGGACGACGAGAAGAUCACGCAGCUGCUGAAGAAACACAAGCCGGGGGGCGGCGGGCUGCUGCUGCACCCCCCCGAAGGGGAGGCCUCCGCCUAGCCCGCUCCUCCCGCCGCCGCUUUCGGAAAUGUACAGAUCUAUUUUUAUAGACUCUACGCGCCCGGGAGGAGGAGGAGGAGGAAGAGAAGCCGGAGGGGGAGCAGAGAGGACUGCGGCGGAGCAGGACCCCGGCACCGAGUGUUGUAGGGUCUCGGGGAGCUGCGGGGUUGCCCCGCUCCCAGUCCCACUCCCGCUCCCGGUGACGGCAGUGCGGCGGCCGCCUGUUGCGGCUCUUUGUAAAUAAACUGUGAGUCUCCGCGACCAUAGGCGUUCCUUACUGUGAAUAUUUAAAAUGUAAAAUACCUUCUUUUUUUUUUGUACAGCGGGGGC